GACAUAUAGAGAAAUGGAAAAAGUAUCAAAAAAUUAUAUUGUGUAAUUUCGAAUAAUCGUCUUAGUUAAACACGAAACAACUUGAAAUUGGUGCAUUUUGAAUUAACGUACACCAAUCGAGGGAAUUUUUGUGGCAGAUUGCGCGUUGCCAGACUGUUGGCAGCAAACAACAGCGGCCUGCAGCGAUGUACAUUAACAACGCCUCAAAUUUGCGUUAACAGGACACAAAUUGGCGUUAACAGCGCUGUUAAGUAAACUACUCAAAUUUGCGCUAACGGAAAGCAGCUGACUGCCCAUGUGGAAAGAAUUUAUACGACGUCACAGCUAUCAAAGUAAGGUAGCUCCAAAUCGAGAGGGCGCCCGAUUGAUUAUACGCCGUCUACAAAAAACUGUUCUGCGAAUAUUGCGAGAUCCAGAUUUUAGGAUGUCAAAAUCGUCAUUUCAGCAAAAGCCAACCGAACCGGAACCGCCGGUUGAUGGUACACAAUUCAGCGCGCAUCGAAACGGCAAGCAAGAUAGCAACUGUCGCACCUGCAACGAUUUCAAGUCAUGGUCGAAACAACAGCGUCUCAUUUCAAAUACGCAAGCUGCUAAGGAAAAGCAUAUGGCUAGCGAGAAGCUAACUGUAAACGCAGCAGGUAUUGCAGCGCCCCGAGAAGAUUGCCCAUUGGACAAGGUGCGCCUGGGCAUAUCUACCUGGGGCCUGCUGCAUACCAUGGCAGCCUUCUAUUCCGACAAUCCCACAGAUACGGAGAAGCGUGAUAUGCGUACAUUUUUCGAGGUGCUCUCACGUUUGUAUCCAUGCGAGUAUUGUGCCAAGGACUUUCGCACAGACAUCGAAGUAAAUCCUAUUAAUGUCAAUUCACAAAAGGAUUUGGCGCUGUGGCUGUGCAAGUUUCAUAAUCGAGUGAAUGACAAGCUUGGCAAACCGCUGUUUGAUUGCAGCAAAGUAAAUGAGAGGUGGCGUGACGGCUGGCUAGAUGGUUCCUGUGAUUAGGUCUAUUAAAUUAGUUGCAAGACACCACGCACACACACACACACACCCAUGCACACACACACACCCAUGCACACACAAUGCAACUCUAGCACUAAAGUUCCACCCCCUUCACCUACCACCACGACCACCAACAUUUCAAGCGAUGUGACAAAAUUUCGAUCAUAUAAUUGUCAAACGUAUUUGAACAGAUGGAAUUAACCCAAUACGCGUGUAAAAUUAAUUCGGCUCCAGAGAUUUCCAGUUUCAGUUCCUUUUGGGUAUCCCGGCGCCAGCGAUUACAUUCUGAUGACACAACAACCUAACAUCUCCCCCACCCCACCCCCCAAUAACCAAUCCCACAACUCCCGCCGAUACCGCCAGAUUAAGUAGUAUAUAUAUUUUAUAAUUUUCAAAUGUUAUCUAAGUUAACGUUCAAUGUUGGUCGGGCGAUGAUAAUGUGAGAGUUGUAUUGUGGUACAAAAUUUCGUAUUUUUUUGUUUGUAUUAUAAAAUCAAUAACUAAAUUACAA